AGAAAAGGAUGAAAAUUUGCGAUGCAAGCCGAGACCGACACCAAUAAGACUGCCACUAAGACUACUACCACUACCACUACCACUACCUCACUACAGCAUAGUACAGUACACGUCCACUACCACUACCACCACCCCACACUUUUAUGACCGCUGACCAUUCAGCUCUACGACACUUGAACUUUAACCGAACCCGAACCCAUCUUACUAACCCUUCUAGAUAUUUAUCAUCUCACUAUUUAAAGUCCAUAACUACAAGGACAUCUACUAAUCGUUUUAAUCCUUGUUUUAAUCGUUCAAUUCCUUUCUUUGUACAUAAUUAUUAUCCCAACCGAUCUUAUACUUCACUUUCCAAUAUAUCUCAAUAUUUAAAAUCAUUAACUAUGUCGGAUAGUAUAGAUUCCAAUGAAGGUAAUUAUUCACCUGAUUAUUCUUCAUUACAUUUAAGUUUACCUGAACAUUUUAAAGGGUUAAAUACAGUAGCUUUAGCAGAAUCUUCAAAAGUAACUGAUUUUGUUAAAAAUCAUCAAGGUCAUACAGUAAUUUCUCGAGUUUUAAUUGCCAAUAAUGGGAUUGCUGCUGUUAAAGAAAUUAGAUCAGUAAGAAAAUGGGCUUAUGAAACUUUUGGUGAUGAAAGAGCCAUUCAAUUUACUGUAAUGGCAACUCCAGAAGAUUUAGCAGCAAAUGCUGAAUAUAUUAGAAUGGCUGAUCAAUUUGUUGAAGUACCUGGAGGAACAAAUAAUAAUAAUUAUGCUAAUGUUGAUUUAAUUGUUGAAAUUGCUGAAAGAACAAAUGUUCAUGCUGUUUGGGCAGGUUGGGGUCAUGCCUCAGAAAAUCCUUUAUUACCUGAAAAAUUAGCAGCUUCACCAAAAAGAAUUGUAUUUAUUGGACCUCCUGGUAGUGCUAUGAGAUCUUUAGGUGAUAAAAUUUCUUCAACCAUUGUAGCUCAACAUGCUGAUGUUCCAUGUAUUCCAUGGUCUGGUACUGGAGUUCGUGAAGUUAAAAUUGAUCCACUUACUAAUUUAGUUUCAGUUUCGGAUGAUAUUUAUCAAAAGGGUUGUUGUGAUUCCCCUGAAGAUGGAUUAAUAAAAGCAAAAGAAAUUGGUUUCCCCGUUAUGAUUAAAGCCUCUGAAGGUGGAGGUGGUAAGGGGAUUAGAAAAGUCGAUAGAGAAGAAGAUUUUAUGACUUUAUAUCAACAAGCGGCUAAUGAAAUCCCUGGUUCACCUAUUUUUAUUAUGAAAUUAGCUGGUGAUGCCAGACAUUUAGAAGUUCAAUUAUUGGCUGAUCAAUAUGGUACUAAUAUAUCUCUUUUUGGUAGAGAUUGUUCAGUUCAAAGAAGACAUCAAAAGAUUAUUGAAGAAGCUCCAGUAACCAUUGCCAAUAAAGAAACUUUUAGAGCCAUGGAAAAUGCCGCUGUUAGAUUAGGUAAAUUGGUUGGUUAUGUAUCGGCUGGUACGGUUGAAUAUCUUUAUUCUCAUGCUGAUGAUAAAUUUUACUUUUUAGAAUUAAAUCCAAGAUUACAAGUUGAACAUCCAACUACAGAAAUGGUUACCGGAGUUAAUUUACCUGCCGCUCAAUUACAAAUUGCUAUGGGUAUCCCUAUGCAUAGAAUUAGAGAUAUUAGAGAACUUUAUGGAGCCGAUCCUCAUUCAUCGACUGAAAUUGAUUUUGAAUUUAAAACUGAAACUUCAUUGAUUAGUCAAAGAAGACCAGUUCCAAAGGGUCAUACUACCGCUUGUCGUAUUACUUCAGAAGAUCCGGGAGAAGGGUUUAAACCUUCUGGUGGUACAUUACAUGAAUUAAACUUUAGAUCUUCAUCGAAUGUUUGGGGUUACUUCUCUGUCGGUAAUCAAUCAUCUAUUCAUUCAUUUUCCGAUUCUCAAUUUGGUCAUAUCUUUGCCUUUGGAGAAAAUAGACAAGCUUCAAGAAAGCAUAUGGUGGUGGCCUUAAAGGAAUUAAGUAUUCGAGGAGAUUUUAGAACUACCGUGGAAUAUUUAAUUAAAUUAUUAGAAACUCCUGAUUUUGAAGAUAAUACUAUUACAACUGGUUGGUUAGAUGAAUUAAUUAGUAAGAAAUUAACGGCUGAAAGACCCGAUCCAACUUUAGCUGUUGUAUGUGGAGCUGCCACUAAGGCUCAUAUUCAAGCAGAAGAAGAUAAAAAGGCCUAUAUUGAAUCAUUAGAAAAGGGUCAAGUACCAAAUAAGAAUCUUUUAAAAACCAUUUAUCCCGUAGAAUUCAUUUAUGAAGGUCAAAGAUAUAAAUUUACUGCCACCAAAUCUUCAGCAGAUAAUUAUACUUUAUUCUUAAAUGGUACUAGAGGAGUUGUUAAAGUUCGUUCAUUGGCUGAUGGAGGGUUAUUAUGUAUUAUUGGAGGUAAAUCUCAUACAGUCUAUUGGAAAGAAGAAGCUUCUGCCACCAGAUUAUCUGUCGGUGGUAAGACUUGUUUAUUAGAAGUUGAAAAUGAUCCAACUCAAUUAAGAACUCCAUCUCCUGGUAAAUUAGUUAAAUUCUUAGUUGAAUCCGGUGAACAUAUUGCCGCCGGUCAACCAUAUGCCGAAGUUGAAGUUAUGAAGAUGUGUAUGCCAUUAAUUGCUCAAGAAGAUGGAACUGUCCAAUUAAUUAAACAACCAGGUUCUACUGUGAAUGCCGGAGAUAUUCUUGCAAUCUUAGCCUUAGAUGAUCCAUCUAAAGUUAAACAUGCAAAACCAUUUGAAGGGACAUUACCUGAUUUAGGAGAACCGGAAAUUCAAGGUACUACACCAGCAUUUAAAUUCCAAACUUAUGCCACCAUAUUAAGAAAUAUCUUAUAUGGUUAUGAUAAUCAAGUAAUUAUGAAUUCUACCGUUAAGAAUUUAUUACAAGUAUUAAAGGAUAAUGAAUUACCAUAUUCGGAAUGGAGUAAUCAAGUAUCUGCUUUACAUCUGAGAUUACCAGCUAAAUUAGAUGAAUCCUUAACUACUUUAGUAGAAAGAAAUCAUUCAAGACAUGCCGAAUUCCCCGCCAGACAAAUCCUUAAACUCUUACAAAAAACCAUUAAUGAUCCACAAACUGAUCCAUUAUUUAGUACCACUAUAGCUCCAUUACUUGAUAUAACCACUAGAUAUCAAAAUGGGUUAGUUGAACAUGAAUAUAAUUUCUUUGCCGGAUUAAUUCAAGAGUAUACUGAUGUGGAGAAAUUAUUCUCGGGCGAUAAUACUCGUGAAGAUGAUGUUAUAUUGAAAUUAAGAGAUGAAAAUAAAUCGGAUUUGAAGGUGGUUAUUGCCACUUCAUUAUCCCAUUCUCGAGUCUCUGCCAAAAACAAUUUGGUCUUGGCUAUAUUAGAUGAAUAUCAACCAUUAUUACAAUCAUCUUCAAGUGUAGCUUCAUCCAUUAAGGAAUCUUUAAAACAAAUAGUUCAAUUAGAUACUAGAGGUACUGCCAAAGUUGCCCUUAAAGCUCGAGAAAUAUUAAUUCAAUGUUCAUUACCUUCAAUUCAAGAAAGAUCCGAUCAAUUAGAACAUAUCUUAAGAUCAGCCGUAUUAGAAACUUCUUAUGGAGAAAUCUAUGCCAAACACAGAGAACCUAAAUUAGGAGUUAUUCAAGAAGUGGUUGAUUCUAAACAUACCGUAUUUGAUGUAUUAUCACAAUUCUUAGUUAAUCCUGAUGAAUGGGUUGCCAUUGCGGCUUCAGAAGUCUAUGUUCGUAGAUCUUAUAGAGCAUAUUCUCUUGGACCAAUCACUUAUCAUUUCCAUGAUAGAUUACCAAUAAUUGAAUGGAAAUUCCAAUUACCAAGUUUAGCUUCUUCUCAAUAUAAUGCUAUUCAACAUUUAAAGAAUGAUUCUAAUUCUUCUAAUGCCAUGAAUAGAGCAGCCUCUGUGUCGGAUUUAUCAUAUAUUGUUGAUUCAAAAGCCGAACAAAAACCAAGAACUGGGGUAUUGGCUCCUUGUAGACAUUUAGAUGAUUUGGAUGAUAUGCUUGCUGCUGCUAUUGAAAAGAUUCAACCAUCAGAUACUAUAACUUUUAAGGCAACCACCAAUAAAGACCAACCAGAAUUAGUUAAUGUUCUUAAUAUUGUAAUCACAAGUAUUGAUGGAUAUGCUCUGGAACAAGAAGUGUUGGAUAAAAUUCAUGAAGUUCUUGAAGAAUUUGGUGAAGAUUUGAAAUCGGCUUCUGUUCGUAGAGUUACGUUUGUUAUAGCCCAUACUGUUGGUAGUUAUCCACAAUAUUAUACUUUCAAUGCCCCUGAUUAUGUGGAAAAUAAAGUAAUUAGACAUAUUGAACCAGCGUUAGCCUUCCAAUUAGAAUUGGCAAGAUUAGUUAAUUUUGAUAUUAAACCAAUUUUCACGGAUAAUAGAAAUAUUCAUGUUUAUGAAGCCGUGGGAAAGAAUGCUCCAUCCGAUAAGAGAUUCUUUACCAGAGGUAUAAUUAGAACGGGAGUUAUUAGAGAUGAAAUAAGUAUUAGUGAAUACUUAAUUGCAGAAUCCAAUAGAUUAAUGAAUGAUAUUUUAGAUGCACUUGAAAUCAUUGAUACUUCCAAUAGUGAUUUAAAUCAUAUAUUCAUUAAUUUCUCGAAUGUAUUUAAUGUUCAACCGGAAGAAGUUGAAGCCGCUUUUGGAUCAUUUUUAGAACGAUUCGGAAGAAGAUUAUGGAGAUUAAGAGUCACGGGAGCUGAAAUUAGAAUUGUUUGUACUGAUCAAAAAACCGGUACUUCAUUCCCAUUAAGAGCCAUUAUUAAUAAUGUUUCUGGUUAUGUGGUUAAAUCAGAAUUAUAUAUGGAAGUUAAAAAUACUAAAGGAGAUUGGGUAUUUAAAUCUAUUGGACAACCAGGUUCAAUGCAUUUAAGACCUAUUUCAACUCCUUAUCCUGCUAAGGAAUCCUUACAACCAAAAAGAUAUAAGGCUCAUAAUAUGGGAACUACUUAUGUAUAUGAUUUCCCAGAAUUAUUCCGUCAAGCUACUCUUUCUCAAUGGAAGAAACAUAGUGGUAAUAAUAGUAAUAGUAAACAACAACAAAAAGUUCCAAAGGAUGUAUUUACUUCAUUAGAAUUAAUUACUGAUGAAAAUGGAGAUUUAACUGCAGUAGAACGUGAACCAGGAUCAAAUAAAAUUGGUAUGGUUGGGUUCCAAGUUACUGCUAAAACUCCUGAAUAUCCUCGUGGUAGACAAUUUAUAAUUGUAGCUAAUGAUAUUACUCAUAAAAUUGGUUCUUUUGGUCCAGAAGAAGAUACUUAUUUUAAUAGAUGUACUGAAUUAGCUCGUAAAUUAGGUAUACCAAGAAUUUAUCUUUCUGCUAAUUCUGGUGCUCGUUUAGGAGUAGCCAAUGAAUUAAUGCCAUUAUUUAAUGUGGCUUGGAAUGUUGAAGGUUCUCCUGAUAAAGGAUUUAAAUAUUUAUAUUUAACUCCUCAAGAUCGUAAAUCAAUUGAUGAAUCAGGUAAAGGAUCAACUAUUAUUACUGAAAGAGUCGUGGAAGAAGGUCAAGAAAGAUAUGUAAUUAAAUCAAUUGUAGGUGAUGAAGAUGGUUUAGGAGUUGAAUGUCUUAAAGGAUCCGGUUUAAUUGCUGGUGCCACUUCAAGAGCUUAUAAAGAUAUCUUUACUAUUACUUUAGUAACUUGUAGAUCGGUUGGUAUUGGAGCUUAUUUGGUUAGAUUAGGUCAAAGAGCCAUUCAAAUUGAAGGUCAACCAAUUAUUUUAACUGGAGCUCCAGCUAUAAAUAAAUUAUUAGGUAGAGAAGUUUAUAAUUCAAACUUACAAUUAGGUGGUACCCAAAUUAUGUAUAGAAAUGGGGUAUCCCAUUUAACUGCUCAAGAUGAUUUAGCCGGAGUUGAAAAGAUUCUUGAAUGGUUAUCAUAUAUUCCAGCUAAACGUGGUAUGCCAGUACCAAUAUUAGAAUCAGAAGAUCCUUGGGAUAGAGAUAUUGAUUAUUAUCCAACUAAAGAUGAACCAUAUGAUGUUCGUUGGAUGAUUGAAGGUAAACAAUUGGCUGAUGGAGAUUUUGAAAGUGGAUUAUUUGAUAAGAAUUCUUUUCAAGAAACUUUAUCAGGAUGGGCUAAAGGUGUAGUUGUUGGUAGAGCUCGUCUUGGAGGUAUUCCAAUUGGAGUUAUUGGAGUUGAAACUAGAGCCGUUGAAAAUUUAUAUCCUGCUGAUCCUGCUAAUCCUGAUUCAACUGAAGUUAUGAUUCAAGAAGCUGGUCAAGUUUGGUAUCCAAAUUCUGCCUUUAAAACUGCUCAAGCAAUUAAUGAUUUUAAUAAUGGUGAACAAUUACCAUUAAUGAUUUUAGCUAAUUGGAGAGGAUUUUCUGGUGGUCAAAGAGAUAUGUAUAAUGAAGUUCUUAAAUAUGGUUCAUUUAUUGUUGAUGCAUUAGUUGAUUUUAAACAACCAAUUUUUACUUAUAUUCCUCCAACUGGUGAAUUAAGAGGUGGUUCAUGGGUUGUAGUUGAUCCAUCAAUUAAUCAAGAAAUGAUGGAAAUGUAUGCUGAUGUUGAUUCUCGUGCGGGAGUUUUAGAACCAGAAGGAAUGGUUAGUAUUAAAUAUAAACGUGAUAAAUUAUUAAGUACUAUGGCUCGUUUAGAUCCAACUUAUUCAUCAUUAAAGGCUAAAUUAACUGAUUCAUCAUUAACUCAAGAAGAAAUUGCAUCAAUUUCUGCCAAGAUCUCUGCUAGAGAACGUAGUUUAUUACCAAUUUAUCAACAAAUUUCUGUUCAAUUUGCUGAUUUACAUGAUAGAUCAGGUCGUAUGUUAGCAAAGGGAGUUAUUAGAAAAGAAAUUAAAUGGGUUGAAGCAAGACGUUAUUUCUUCUGGCGUUUAAGAAGAAGAUUAAAUGAAGAAUAUGUAUUAAGACUUAUUGGUGAACAAAUUAAUAAUGCCACUAAAUUAGAAAAAGUUGCUAGAUUAAAGAGUUGGAUGCCAACCGUUGAUUAUGAAAAUGAUGAAGCUGUAAGUACUUGGAUUGAAGAACAUCAUACUAAAUUACAACAUAGAAUUGAAGAUUUAAAACAUGAAGCAACUCGUCAAAAUGUUAUUAGACUUUUGAAUGAAGAUGCUCAAAAUGGUUUGGCAGUCAUGAAAGAAUUAAUUAAUUCAUUACCUGAAGAAGAAAAGUCUGCUUUCUUAAAAUCUCUUUAGAUAACUUUUUAUUACCACUUUUUAUAUCAAUUGCUUUUUUUUAUCUCUACUUUUUGUAUCUUAUUGUUUAUAUAUUUAUUUAGGAAAAUGGAAAACUACUAUAAAAAUAUGGGUGUAGUACCAGUAC